AUGUCUCAAUUACGUGACGAAAAAGAUAAUACUGCCCUGAACGACUCCAAAGAGUCAACCAACCCUAAGGUGGCCGUUGAUUCUGUCUUUGAGACGUCGGAAAAGCUAUUCCUUGGAGGUAUUGACGAUGGCUCAGACGGAAUAAAGAGAGGAUCGACCGAAGACUCGGAACUAGAGUACGACUUCAAAUCUGAAGAGUUCGCCAACAUCCCCAAGCUAGUUCGCAAUGUUGUCGGAUUUGAAGACGACCCGACUUUACCAGUCCUCACCUUCCGGGCAAUCCUUCUCUCUGCAAUCUUCUGCACGACUGGAAGCAUUGUUUCGCAGCUUUCUUAUUUUCGAACUACCACAGCUCCGUUCCCUGUAUUCUUCGUCAUCUUGGCCUCUGCUCCUCUUGGUCGACUAUUAGCACGUAUUCUACCUGCUCACACGGUGCCUCUUGGGCGUUUCUCUUUCUCACUUAACCCUGGACCCUUUUCCAUCAAAGAACAUGCAAUCAUUGGUAUUGCUGCCAAUGCGGGCAGUCAAGGCCAAUGGGCGACCUACUUGCCGACCAACGCAGCACUGUAUUAUGGCAUCACAAUGAAUCCAGCUGUUGCGCUCUUCUUUGGAUGGGGUGCUUCUCUGCUCGGAUUUUCAUUCGCCGCAAUGGUCCGGAAGAUUCUGAUUGAUGACCCCGAGUUCAUAUUCCCUUUGUCUCUUCAACAGGUCACAUUAUAUAGGAGUAUGCAAGGAAAGUCCGAGUUACACAAAAGCGUUUCCCAGAAACAAAUGAGAGUUUUCUGGUGGAUUCUGCUCGGCACGUUUCUCUGGCAAUUUCUCCCCGAGUAUCUGUUCCCUUUCGUUGCUGCUCUUGCUCCUCUAUGUUGGUUUGCGAGUCGCAAUCACACUGUCAACUUCCUUGGUGCCGGCCGUGGAGGCAUUGGGCUCCUCAACAUCACACUCAACUGGUCCAACAUCACGUCCACCGUCAUUACAUAUCCUUACAGUGUACAAGUAACUAUCUUUGUUGGCUUUAUCAUCACAACAUGGAUCUUGAUUCCCGUUGCUUAUUUUGGCAACUUGUGGGGAUCCCCCACGUUCGACAUCAUGUCAAAUGGCGUAUUCCAGAAGAACGGCUCCUCCUACCCGUUUGAGUCUCUAAUCUACACUGACUCAAGCGGCGUUCAGCAUGUCAAUGAUACAGCAUACCAUGAGGUUGGUCUGGCGUACUCAGGUGCUCAGUACACAUGGGAAAUCUUCAUGUGGUACGCAUCAUAUAUUUCUUCCUUUGUUUGGUGUGGCCUGUUUCUGGGCCCAAAAGUUGUCAAGAUCUGGAAAGCAAGAAAGGCCGAGGGAGAGUAUCACCAAGAUAGAUUGAGCCGAAUUAUUCAGCAGUACCCGAGCCUUACACUUUGGGAAUGGGUCCUUCUGACGAUCAUCCCCAUCGGGAUUCUGCUCGUGAUCGUUGCCACAAAGUCUGUCUGGAUGCCGACUUGGACUUAUUUCGUCGCUCUGGGCUUUGGUGGUGCUGCCAUGCUCCCCAUGAGUCUGGUUUAUGCCAUGUCUGGUUAUUCGAUCAAGGUUGGGUUCUUCAAUGAACUCAUAUACGGCUAUAUGAUCGACGCGAAGGGAUCGUCACGCCAUCCCCUUGGCCAGCUAGCGUAUCGCAUCAUUUCUGGCAACGUCUGGUACGAUGCUCGUAUUGUUCUGGAAGACCAAAAGAUUGGGCAUUACCUCCAUCUUCCUCCACGAGACGUGAUUGGGGUCCAAAUCAUCGCGAAUAUGAUAGCUCUCCCUAUCAAUUACGGCGUCAUGCGUUGGGUCAUUGCAUCCAAAUUUGACUACGUGAGCGGUCGAGUUGCGGAUCCUCAAGGACAAUGGACUGGUCAAGAGUUUAAGAGCUACAACACCGCUGGCAUCCAGUAUGCGCUUGUCGGGCCAAAGAAGCUCUUCGCGUCGUCUUUUUUCAAGCCUGUACUCUACGGCUUCCCUGCUGGCGCGAUAGCGCCGAUCAUCAUCUGGGUCCUUCACAAGAAGUUUCCAAAGGCCCGUUUCGACCUCUGGAAUUCGACCAUCUUCUUCGCGAGCGCGGCUACAUUUCACGGAAACCUUAGCACGGGACCCUUCACAACUUUCCUUGUUGGAACCUUCUUCAACUUCUACCUGUACCGUUAUCGACGUGCUUUCUGGAACAAAUGGGCAUACAUCAGUGGCGCAGCCUUGGACACUGGUUUCAACGCCAAUCUGUUGUUCAUCUUCAUUUUCCUUGGCACAACCGGAGCUGUAAUGGCGCACUGGUGGGGGAAUAAUGCGGAAAAUAUUGAGAGGUGCUUUGCCUUGAAGGGAUGA